UUGGGUUGUGCUAUCGAUGAAGCUCGUAAAGGUAAACCAACAAAACAACAAUAGUAUUACAAAUGUUGCCAAGGUUCCAAGGAUUGUCGAGUGGUGACGGUGGACCUUUUGGUGCCGUGAUAGUGUUGGAUGGAAAAGUGAUCGUUCAAGAACACAAUCGAGUAUUAUCUUCUAAUGAUCCCACAGCACACGCAGAAGUUGUUGCUAUUCGAAAAGCUUGUCAAAUAUUGAAGACCCUUCAAUUACAAGAUUGUUUCCUUUAUGCUUCUUGUCAACCUUGUCCUAUGUGCUUUGGUGCUAUUCACUGGAGUCGUAUUGCUUCUUGUAGGUAUGCAGCAACUAGUAAGGACGCUGCUCAAGCAGGGUUCGACGACCAAUUGUUGUAUGAUAAAUUAAGUCACGCAACUCAGGAAGAACCCUAUGAUGAGCAAUCUUCUCCAUCACAAUAUCUUCAUAUCGAACAUCCUCGUGCAACGGAAGCAUUUCAAUUGUUUGCCGAUAUGUUGAAACAAAAUAAAACUCGAUUGUAUUGAAUCAUAGAGUUCAUCGUUGCUUUUUCAUCAAGAUGGUCAUAUUCCA